CGUCAAUGGAAUCCCUGGAGAAACAGAUAAAGGAGACUCCAGUGAGGGUCUUUUGCAAGUUCUUGGCCACAGAAGGAGCAGCGCCUGCAAAAAGCAGAAGUUGCAGGAAAGGUCAUCUGGCAUCUUGGGGCACUCAGGGAAACCCACACCCAGAAACCCCUUUGGGUGACCCUCCAGUGCCAUAAAAGGACUUCCAGAAAGAGGCAGAACCAUGCAAAUUAUUUCCAGAGAAAGUGAUGUAUCUGCAUUAGCUAAGAAGCCCCUUCUAAUGAAUAUUUAUCAUUGUGGUGGAUAAAUAGCCCAUGGCCAAAUCCCCCCCUGACCUGCAGGGCCAGGAGAGAUCUGCUGUGAGUGUGAGCUGAGAAAGAAUUCCGGCUUUCUGAUACCUGCAGUUCCAUCAGGGAGUUCACUCCGGCUGAUUUCGUGUCCCACACUGCUUCUGGUGGCUUCUCCCUAUCAUGGCCCUCCUGGCUGGCACCCUGGCACUGCUGGCAAUGACCGUGGCCACCGUGGCCAUCGAGGUGCUGCCGCUGGACAUGGCCGAGGACUCCUUCGAUGACCAGUAUGAGGGCUGUGUCCCUGCCAUGAAUGCAAAGUUGCUGGACCUCUACAGCUUCGAGCACCAGAUGAAUUAUCUCUUUGCCAAUGGCUGGUAUCAUGCUGAUGCUGAGUGGCGCAGGCGGGGCUCUCCUGUGUCCCCUCUGGCAUCCCCAUGGCAUGCCAUCGCUCUCCUGACCUACACGUCACAGGACUUGCACAAAGAGUUCAAUGUGGCUGUGCACAGGGCUGGGCAUUCCCGCCAGGAAUACCGGAACAACUUCCACUUCAAAACGCUGCAUUUCCUGCUGACCCAGGCACUGGUGACACUGAGGCACGCUCAGAAUGCCCAGUGUUACCGCGUGUUCCGGGGUGUGAGUAAUGUUAGUUUCCAGGCGCAGGAAGGCCAGAGGGUCCGCUUUGGUCAAUUCACAUCGACAUCAUUGAGCAGACAGAUUGCUGCGCAAUUUGGGAUAAACACAAUUUUUGAGGUGUACACAUGCCAUGGCGCGGACAUCCGUCAGUUCUCCAUGUUUCCAGGGGAGGAGGAGGUGCUGAUCCCACCAUUCGAGACCUUCAAGGUCACCAAAGUCCUGCAGAAUAGGAAGAUUACAUGGAUCAGUCUCCGCUCCACCGGAACCUUCAGCAAAUACAACUGCGAGUUACAGUGA